AUAUUGUAUACACCAAAUAAUAUAAUAAAAUUAAUAUAAAUUUUAAAUUUUAAAAAAUAACAAUUAAUGUCUAUACACUAAAAUCAAAUAUUUUUCUUAGAAUAAAUAUAUCUUAAAAUAAAAACUCUAAACAAGGAAAUUUUGCAAAUUAAUAUCUCUACAAAUUAAUAAAAUUUCAAAAUCUCAUUAUUAUUAAUUUAUAGAGAUUCUACUGUAUGUUAUAACUGAUAUAUGAUUCUCAAGUUCUUUAUACCUAAACAGAACGCCUUGUAAUAAAUAAUAAAAUAUUAUUUAAUCUAUAAAUACUACUUUAAUACUCUCCAACAAAUAUAAUAGCACAAGAAAGAAAGAAAAGACCAUGGCUUCGUCAAGAAAUCAAAAUUUUAUUUUUAUGCUAAUUUCAUUUCUGAUCAUUCUCGCAACUACGUCAUUUGCCUCUGCGCUCUUCUCAGCAAAACAUGUUGUGAUUGUCAACAAACUUGUAACGCGUGCGACAUUGAUUGUGCAUUGCAUGAACAAAGAAGAAGAUAAGGGAGUGAUUUCACUUGGACCUGGAGAUAGUUUUGAUUUCAGAUUUCGUGUUAACCUUCGUAAAACAACAGUAUACACAUGUAGCUUUGCUUGGCCUGGCAAUACAGCAACAUUCGAUAUUUUUAGAGCUGAUAGAGAUGAUAAUCCAGAAAGCAAAGUUGGUGUUUGCAGCGAAUGUAUUUGGAGCAUCUACGAGCCAGCACCAUGUAGGGAUAGACGUGAUGGAGGCCAACCUAAUUGUUUUCCAUGGGCUUCUUAAAUUAGUUAUUAUUAUUUUGAGGUUAUUUGUACGACAAUUUUAAAUGAAUAAAUAAAAAUAUAGUGUUUUUGAUAUUAUUUUGCAUAUUUUAUCACUCUUUCUUGUGCAUUUACCCCAACUAGAAAUUAUUAUAUUUUACUACCAUGUCAUUCUAGGUAGAACAUGAAUCAUUCAAAUCGCAAAGACCCUCUCAGAAAAUGCAAAGUAUCCAUCCCGAUAUUAAAAAUUAGAUUUGAAAAUAGGAUAUAUAAUCAGUUAGAUGCAAAAAUAUGAUUUAAUGUUUGUAUAUUCAAUAUUGACAGUGCAAGCAAAUUAAUUGUUAGCAAUGUAGCGUUCACCUCUAUAAAUCACUUGAGCAUGGUCGUUUGGCUCCACAUGUUUUUUUUUUUAAAUUUUGAGGAGAGGCGUAACAGAAGUUGCAGUGAAAAUAAUGAAAUUUGAGGAGCAGAUUGUAAACAUAGAGAAGGACUGUUUGGGUUACGAAAGCAAACGAUAGGUGAGGUAACAUUUAAUAAUGACGGAGGCCCUUUACGUCCCAUUUUGAGCUUCUUAUUUUGCGUAAACAAACAAAAAUCUUCUUUUGGAGAGGUGACGUGGUAGAAUAUAUAUUUUAUAACCGCAGAAUUCCCAAAAACUAACUAUUCGAUCAAUAUGGCACGGUUAGGUGGCCAAAGAAAAUUGAAUUCAGGGCGGAAACUCAAAGAGGAGCCUCUUUACCAAUUGACCAGUACCACUUGGUUAUGUCUUAGCAUUUGCUCUAUCUUAAAAUGAUGUGGCAAAUGAUGUGGCAGCAGAUUGAAAGAGCAUUGUCUUAUAUAUGUUAGGCUAAUGUCUAUUUUUAAUGUAGGAUUGUGGGAUAAUUUCAAAUAAAGACAGAGAUAUGGAUGCUGUGCCUGAGAUUCAAAUUCCUUAGUGUCGAGUUGCUAGUGAGCUGACAUCAACCUUAUCUCAUCUUUUAGAUUUGCAAUCUAUUCUUAGUUUACCCUCAAUAGCAUGUUCAUUCUCUCAAAGUUAUUUGGUGAAACGUCUUUAAGAAUUUUUUUUUCUCUUUAAGAAGUUUCUGGAAUUCGCAUUCUGUCUUUCCCAAGCUUUCCAACAGCUGCGUUUAUCCCUAGAUUCUCAUAACUUUGUCGCUCAGCUGCUUAUGAGAACACUAUCUUGUCCUUAUAUAAUUCUGAAGACUAUUAAGGUGGUGGCCAAAAUGAGGUGCAUAGUUUUCGUGCUCUUUUCGAAACAGAGCCGGGCUUGACCCCAUGCUUGUGAAACAUUUGAAUAGAACCCCAAUUUUGUGGAGUCCUUUAAAAAAAGUAAUUUUCUUUUAUAUGCUAAAUAUAUAAAUGUUUAAUGUAAAAUAGAAAAAAAUAAUUAAAACAGAUUUUAAAAAUUAUAAUUAUAUACAAAUUUUUUUUAUAAUAGACGAAAAAUUUUCUUUUAAAUUUUCAAGUAAAGAAAAAAUAUUUUAUCUUAAAAAAAUAAUUUUAAAUACUUUUUUUUCUCAAAAAAUGUUAUUAAAAAUAAAAAUUAAAUAUUUUUUUUCGUUUUGGAUAGGAUCCCCAAAAUUUCAGGUCAGACUCUGCUUCGAAAACAUGUUUCAUCCAAGGGUGAAGCUAGUGUGAGGAGAGAGGGGGUUCCACAUGCACCCAUUUAUGCUGUGUGUGCACCCAGUCAGAAUUCAUUUUGGAUUCAGCAUUCGUUUCAUCAUCAAGUUUGUCUACAAGCAUUUUAAAUUGAAUAUGUGCAGAUUGAGCAGGAGCAGAGGAGCAUAUAUGAAGUAUGUCUUCCUUUUUUUUCAUCAAAGUAUGUCUUCCAUCAAACUUACUUUUCAUAACCCAGAAAAUUUCCAUAAUUAACAAAAAAAAGUUUAAAUCAUUUUCUAAUUAAACUGCUCGUACGAGCUUCUUUGGUGGUGAAAAUGUUAUGGUCAAAGUAAGGUGAAGACUGAAGAAAUAUGGUCAACGUAGGGUGUACAGUGAAGAGAUAAUUUUGAAAUUUAUUCUCAAAUAAAAAAUGAUGUAUGCACUAAGAGAUUAGUGUUUUUCAGUUGACAUGAAAUUAUUCUAGAGACUUAAAGAUUUUAACGCUUUGCAAUUUCAUACACCCACUAUAUAAAAUAUCAAAACAAAUAAAUUAGCAUGAAAUUAACACAUAAAACUGUCAUAUUUUGUUCACAUAUAUGCAAAGCUUCUUGUUUGAAUUUUGUCCCAAAUCUAUAUGGCCUUACAAUGUUUCAAAAAGUCAAAUACUAUAUAAUAAAAUAAUGCAAACAAUAAUUUAUUAGAUUUUAGUUUCUAUCAAAUUAAAAUGCAUAUUAUGAUAUUUAUAUCAUUUUCAAAUUAUCUAAUUUAAAAUGAAAAGAUCAGAUUGAAGCGAAUAAAAAAUUUCAACACAGUUUUAUUAAAACCAAAUAUUACAAAAACUUGUCAAUUUAAUCUAGUUGUCGCACCAGCUAAAUAUUUUAAUAUUUCAGCCAACUAAACAUAAUCAUCAAAAUUUUGAAAAUCCACCAUUAUCCAAUGCUAAAAAUAUCUAUAAAUCAUAUUUUGAAGUUUACCAAUCUAACACAUUUACAUCUUCUUUUCUUACCAAAAUUAAAACUUUAUUGAUAAUAUAUACAUAUACAUUAUUUAUGUUUUUGAUAAAAUUAUUUGAAGAAUAUCACUGAAAUAUUCUAAUUUUUGUUGUAACUAAAAAAUUCAGACUUAAAAACUAAAAAUAAUUAUAUUUGUAGUUCUAGUAAAAUCGAAUGACAAAAUUAACUUAGGCUUCUCCUGUUGAUCAAGCAGGCUUCAUUAUUUCAGGUUUGAUCUACUCUAUUCGCGGAGCUUCUCCUUGUUUGUUAGCCGACUGAUAACUUUUAUGCAUGCACCUCCGUAUAAGUGCUGCGUACAAGAUAGGACCAGUAUAAGAAGAGAACUAAAACUUUUCAGAACAUGAGGUUGGUAUCCUCAGUAAAUCAGUUUCUUCCCCAGGAAGCUGGGCCAACAUAUAUAAAAAUGAAGAGAAAUAAAAAUGCAUUACCACUUCUGAUUCUUUCUAAUUUAUUUUCUAAACAAUGUUGACAGUUAUUAUUCGCCUCAACACUGGAACAUUAUUUUACUUCGACCUCAGAAAAUAUAUGUUAUAACUAGCUUCAAAGGGACACAAUGAACCAAAUUAAGCAGUUUUUUUUUUAACUUCAACCAAAUUAAGCAGUUUAUAAGUAUACCAAAAACAUUAAAAUAACAUCAAAUUCAACAAGAUAACAAUAUAAACAACAAAUAAUAUCUAUCUUCAUCUGCUUUAAUGUUUUAGACAAUUUUGGUUUAGAAGCUCCAAAAUAUGUUGAACUCUUAAAAUAUAUAGUGAUCAAAUAAUUGAAGAAAAAUUAUAAUAUAUAAUCUGCACAUAGCAUGGACCAAAAAAACUAGUAUAGUAAAAUAAAAAGCUAUGUGUGUUCUUUUAUAAACGAUUAAUAAAUUUUCAUUCAUAUAUUUUUCUUUGUUUUAAUAAUGUCAAAUGAGUUAGGCUAAGAAAGAGUAAGGGCAUCUCCAAUGGUUUACAUCAUUUUUUCUCUCAAAAUGAGUUUGCAUUUUGCUCCAAUGGUUUUUCUCAUAUUUUUUCUUCAGAAAACACAAUUUAUUAUUAAUUCUAAAAUAAUUAUAAAACAAUUUUAUAUAUUAUUUACUAAAGUAUUAAUAAUUUCUCUAAUGAAUAAAACAUAAAUGUUGAAUCUUUUAAAUAUAAAACAGAAUUAUAUAAAAUUUUAAGAACAAAUUUAUAAAUAAAAGGCUUAUUCAUUUUGAAGGACAUCAUAAAAAUGACGGAAAACCUUUUCCAAUGGUGCAUCAUUUUUAGGGGGAAAAUGAGUUUGUAAACAGUAAUGUAUGUUCAUAUUUCCAAUAAAUAUUUGAUUAUCUUGAAUGUUUAAAAAGUUUUAAAUUUCUACAAUCAUAUAAAAUAAAAUAAAUACUUAGAGACAACAGUAUAUUUAAAUGAUCAUAUCAAAAAUAAUAUUAAAAAAUUGUCAUACGAAAUAAACAAAUAUAUUGGACAUUAAUUAAAUAGACCAUAAUUACAUAAAUUUUUCGCUAUAAAUAAAAGAAUUUGUGGAAUAUCUGUGGAAAUGUAAUUAAAACUGUACAAAAUCAGGUAAAGUUUGGCCAUAAAUAAAUUAAAUAUAGCAACAAAUUUGUUUACUAAUUCAUGUAACGUUGAAAAAGUAAGUCUCAUUAAUGGCCAAUUUGCAAAAAAAAAAAAAAAUUUGGCUCAGUUGAAAACAAUUUUUUUUCUUAACUAAGAUUUUCGAUAACAAAUGACUUAAUGGUAUAAUAGGCAUAAAAAUCAAUAGUUAAAAAAAAUUAAAAAGAGAUACUAUAUUAGUCAAAUAAUAAAUUGAUGGCACAUAUUGUUUGUUUCUAAAAAUAUUUGUAUACUGCUUUAAUAUAUCAUUAGCAAGUACACAAUUAUGUAAUAUAUUCUUAAGAAGUAUAAAAGAAAUUAUAUAUGUUUUAAUAUUUUUAGAAACUAUCAAAUAACUUGGGCUUUAAAUUUAUCAAAAACGUCAAAAUAUAUUCCAAAAAUCUUUGUAUAGAAAUAAAUUAACUAAUACGUAAAAUAAAAUCUUCUUAAUGAGGCAAGUAAUUAAUAAUUGAGAUAUUUCUUUUCUACACAUUUAUUUGUAAAUAAGUUACCAAACAAGAUAAUUGUAUACACAAUAUAUGUUAUAACCGAUAUGAUUUUCAAGUCUUUUCUCUCUAAUCAAAACGCCUUGCAAUAAAUAUCAUUUAUUCUAUAAAUACUAUUUUACUCUCCAACAAAUAUAAUAGCACAAGAAAGAAAAAAAAAAUACAAUGGCUUCCCCAAGGAAUCAAAAUUUUAUUUCUAUGCUAAUUUCAUUUAUGAUCAUUCUCGCAACUACGUAAUUUGCCUCUGCAUUCUUCUCAGCAAAACAUGUUGUGAUUGUCAACAAACUUGUAACGCGUGCGACAUUGAUUGUGCAUUGCAUGAACAAAGAAGAAGAUAAGGGAGUGAUUUCACUUGGACCUGGAGAUAGUUUUGAUUUCCGAUUUCGUGUUAACCUUCGCAAAACAACAGUAUACACAUGUAGCUUUGCUUGGCCUGGAAAUACAGCAACAUUCGAUAUUUUUAGAGCUGAUAGAGAUGAUAAUCCACAAAGCAAAGUUGGAGUCUGCAGUGAAUGUAUUUGGAGCAUCUACGAGCCAGCACCAUGCAGGGAUAGACGGGAUGGAGGCCAGCCUAACUGUUUUCCAUGGGCUUCUUAAAUUAUGGUGUUCUUAUCUUGAACUUUUUUGUACGACAAUUUUAAAUGAAUAAAUUAAAAUAUGUAGUGUUUUUAUAUCAUUUUUCCAUAUUUAAUCACUUUUUAUUUUGUAUUGACAUAUAUAAAAACUUUUUGCCAAAAAUAAAUAAAUAUAAAUAUAUAUAUAUGAUAUACUCCAACUAGAAAUUAUAAUCUUUUAGUUCCAUGUCAUUCUAGGUAUAACAUGAAUCAUUCAAAUAGCGGUGAGACACUCAGAAAAUGCCAAGUAUUCGUCCAUAUUUAAAAUUAUAUUUGAAAAUAAGAUAUAUUAUCCUAUAUUAAUUGAGAAGUUUAGAAUUAAUUCUCUUUAAUUUGAUUGGUUGUUGGUAUUUGAAUUUCCAUUUAUUUAAUUUAAUUUUUAAAAAGGAAACUAAUCCUAGAACUACCUAAUCUAAUCUAUAUUACGAAAAAAACAAUUAAAUAUUUAAAAGAUAGAUGAAUUAACAUAAUUUGUUUAUAGAAACAAUUAAAUAUCAUAUAUUACAUUAUAUUAAUAUAGAAUAGAUACAUAUAAAUACAUAUGAUAUUACUGAAAUAAUUUUAUGAACGAUUUAAAACAUAUUUCUAUUAAUAGUUGCCUAUAUAUGAAUUGAGAAGUCACUUAAUUGGAUUUUGCUUAUGUGUCAUUAUUAAUAGGUGAAGUUUAGAAUUAAUUCUCUUAAUUUGAUUGGUUGUUGGUAUUUGAAUUUUCAUUUCUUUAAUUUAAGUUUUAAAAAGGAAACUAAUCCUAAAAUUACCUAAUAUAAUCUAUAUUACCAAACAAACAAUUAAACAUUUAAAAGAUAGAUGAAUUAACCAAAAAAAUGCUUUUUCUCUCUCUCGAUAAGCGAUGGAAAAGGCGAUCGAGGUUUUUAUGGCUUCGCGGUGGUGGGAUCCCGGUGAUCUCGGUGUUUGCGGAGAGUUUUCGUCUACGGAGGGGUUUGGCUUGGCGGGUUGGAAAGUCGUUUGGAUUCUCCGAUGGCUUAGAUUGAGAAGGGAUAAGGGAAUAAGGAAGAGGUUAAGGAAUCACGGGAUCUUAGGAGAUCUACUCGUGAUUUUGAUUCUAAUCAAGACGGUAUCGCAGAGAAGGGAAGGUAAUAUGUCUGGAGAUUGUCAAUCUACAGAUCUUGGCUUUGUUAUGGAGAUCGGAGGAAUCAAUUACAGAUUGGUUUCAAUUAAAGUUUCUGGAAUAUUCGUUUGGGUUUUUGGGUUUUACCAAUCUCUUCCCGGGAUUGUGAUGGUCAAAUCUUUUCACAGAUGCUACGCUCUUCCUUGGAACUACUAUAUACGGGUUAUUGGGGUCUCUUAUUACCUGUAAGUCUUCUAUAGCCAGACUACUUACGGGUAAGUCUUCUACGCGAACACAUCUGGAAAAAAAUACAAUUUCAUACC